CGAGCUUCCGUACACCGGAAGUAGCGCUCAGUUGUGCAACACAUGCAGCACAAGGACGUCUCAAACAUUUCACCUGAUUUAACAACAUUCACUGUUUUACUUUAGUCCUAAAGACUCGAUCAGCUGGUUUUCACCACCGAGAAUCUGAAGUUUGUAUGUGUUGAUGUCUCCUCAGAUGCCUCCCAAACCUCUGGAGCCUCUGGCCAAGAGACUCAUGAAGGGAGUGAUCGCUGUGGAGCUGCUGGGCGUCUUCGGGGCGUACGGUCUCUUUCACAUGAUGAACACCAGUCAAGAUUUCAGGAACACGAUGAACAGACGGUUUCCAUCAGUUCUAGAAGUUUACUACCAGUCCAACGAGUGGGCGGGGGUCCAAGGCAUCCGAGAGAGAGACCAUGAAGCCUGGUCGGCCAAACAGGAUUGAAGCGUCUUCACGUCGCGGCCUUGGAUCCAGUCGUCGCGAUGCGCCUCCCACUUCAACUGCUUCAGGCCUGUGGGAACGAAUGGAAGUGUUACAAAAGGCUAACAUUUGAAUCACUUCCCACUAUAGUAAUAAUGGUUGUUUAUUCCAGUAUUUGUCGAAAUGGUCAUAAGAUUUCAUUCUCCAUCCCUGUUGUAGAGAUUUUGGGAAUAUAU